AAAAUAAAAAUUGCAACGACUGGAAACGAAGCGUUUAGAUUUAGAACAGAAGAUGCAGGUUCGUCGAUCUUGCUUCUUCUAUCAUCAUCCUGCAUCCCGUUAGGGUUUGCAGAUAUUCAAUUUCCCUUCAUUUCGUUACCCUCCACGCGCGUACCAUCUCUCAAUUCCUCAGUUGUUCCGUUUCCGUAACUCAUCAAUUCGAAAGAUAUCGGUAUCGGCCAUCAAGGGAACUGAAUAUUAGGUGCAUUUGAAUUUGAAUUUGAAUAGGACGAGUAUGUAAUAAAGAGAUAAAAAUGGAGGUCGAGGCACAAAUCACACAUGAUUCAGAUACUCAACUCCAGCCAGAGACUGUUGUUUCAGUUCAAAAUGGGAAUCCUGGUGUUUCCUCAGCUGUUGCAAAUGCUGUUAACCCACAGCAGCCAGCUACAAAAAAACCGACCAGGCAGUGGGCUGCGUGGACUCGACAAGAGGAGGAAAGUUUCUUCACCGCUUUACGACAAGUUGGGAAGAAUUUUGAGAAAAUUACUUCCCGUGUACAAAGUAAAAACAAGGAUCAGGUCAGACAUUAUUACUACCGGCUUGUGAGACGAAUGAACAAACUUCUUGGUCCAGGAUUAUGUUUGGAUGCCAAAAACUCCAAAGAUACUAAUGCUGCAAUGCUUCGCUGGUGGUCGUUAUUAGAAAAGUAUAGCUGCAAAGCCUCAAAGCUUCAUCUGAAGCCACGCAGAUUUAAAAUUUUUUUAGAAGCCUUGGAGCACCAACUUUUGAAGGACCGGAAAAAGAAUGUAAGGAAGCGAUCCUUACAGGGGGGGAAUUGUCUUUCUCCUGUUCCUACUCCAGUCUCAAAUCAAAGUAGAGCAUCAGGAAAUGAUGCUCGUGCAGUUAAACUGGUUCUUGUUGACAGUCAAAAUAUUUUAAAAUUGGGGCCUUCUAAACCAUCAAUGAAGCGCAGUAUAAACAUGGGUGUUAACCGUAGUAACACUAAGGGAGAUUCAAAUGCCAUGAAACCAACAAGGCAACGAAAGAAAUCUGGUGUGAUUUCAACAGCUGCAUAUAAAAAAUGGGAAAAGGCUGCAAUUGCUGGUGUUUCUUUAGUUGCAGAUGCUGCUGAGCAUUUGGAGCGAGCUGCAACUGUUAGAGAAAUUGAACAAGACCAGGAGAAUCCAGGAGAAAAAUGUUCUGACCCUGUUGAUUAUGUCCUGCCCUCUGUACCCACAUGUCCACAAAAUCAAUUUGUUGAUAACUAUGUGAAUAUUAACAUGAAACUGAAGCUCCAGUUAUUCCCAAUUGAUGAACCUACUCGAAAAGCAUUGGAAAUGGAUAAGCAUAAUCCACACUUGGAGCUUACACUUAGUACUCGAAAGAAGAUAUCAUCAAUUUUAGAACAUCUAAACCGUAAAUGGGGUAAUUCAAGUAUAGCAGUUGGAGAAUUAAUGCUUUUUCCUUAUGGUACUCAAAGGGAAAACUUGGUUAAUUAUCAGAGAUGGACCCAGGAAUCUACUCUUAGUGCAGCAGAUAUAUAUGCAAUGAUUGGAACUCCACCCAUAUUCCGUUUAAGGUAUGGUUGGUUCUCCAAUACUGAGCUUGGGUUAUUAAAUAUGCAAGUGCCUGUGGCAUCCAGCUGCAUGCUCAGACAGUCCAAAAUUAGUGUGGACAAUACUGAGGAUCAGAUUGUGAAUUCUGUUUCAGCUCCUAUGCUAUCAACUAAUACUCAUUCCAUGGAGCUAUCUGAAGAUUGCAGAACAUCCAUGAACAAAAACCAUACUUUUAUCAAUGCUUCAACUGAUUUGCCUAAUACCAGAGACAACAGUGUUUACCUGAAUACAAGCAUUGAGGAAUGUCGUGAUCCUACAGCCAAUACAUUGUGGCAUGGAAAAGAUGUUACAGAUGGAGCUGUUACUUCACAGUUGGAAGAAAUGGAUGAGUUGAAAUUAAGCAGUGGAACAGGACUGUCAGCUGGAGAGUGGGCUGACAGCCUUACCAACAUUAGUGUGGGGGAUCUACUUUCAGGAGCGUCCCAGGAUCUCGAAGAUAACUGCAUCAAUCCUCCUAGUGCUGAGAAUUGUCACGAUGUUCAGCAAAUUCCUUUUAGUAGUGAUUCUUUCGAUGCCGCAAUUGCUGCUCACAUAUCUAGACACCAAGACAAGAUGGGACAACCAUCAAUGGCAUCCCAUAUGUCUUCCAUUUGGGAUGCUGAAGAAACUUGUGAUGCCUUUUUAUUUAAAAAGGAUCCUAUUCUUCACAAAGAUGGUCCUUGUUUAUCUUCAGUUGCUUCUUUAGUGUCCGAGAAAAAGGUUCCUGAAAGUAGCUUUGAAAAAUUGGAUGAGUUGUCACCUGAUGAAGAGAGGCUUGUGGAUGAUUUUGUUCAAACAGACCCUAUGCCUAUCGACAGUUGUGAGUCUGAUUCAGAUAUCCAGGACCAUUUAGGAAAGGGUAUUAGUGCGCUAGCAGACAUGUAUUGGCCUGAUUCCUUGGGACCGUUGGAUUUGGAUAUACCAUCAACUAAGUAUCACAGCGAAGAUCUAAUUUUUAGUGAUAGUCUUAGUGGACUGAAUCGCUUGAUAGCCAGCAGCCUGGAUGCAUUCCAGAAUUGCUCCUUUUUUGGAUUUGACAAGAAGGAAGCACCAUCAACAGUUGAGGCUCGAGAAUCUGCAGCUCUUUCAGAUUUUAAAAUUGGAAGUGGCAUCUGAGACUCAUCAUCGGAUCUUGGUAAUGUUUUCCAUUUCUGGCAUGAACUCAGUUGAAGUUUGUUAAAAAUAGCAUUUUUCCCUAAACUGACUAGAGGUGUGCAUGCUGAAGAAUUGGUUGGAGCCACUUCAACUGUUCCUGUAUAUGUUUCUCUAAUCUGUCUCGUUCCUUUUUGUACAAAAGAAAAAAGAAAAUUGAUCAUGUAAGGAGUUCACUUAUCAGUCUCCUGUAUAAACACUCCUUUUUUAGGUAAACAUAUCUUUUUUUUAUUCUCUGCUUCUGGACGUUGUAUGUUAAGAAGACUGUCUUAAAAUUGCAACUCCGUGGCAUCGACUUGUUUUUAAGCCAAUGGACUUUUUAUUUUAUUUUAUUUUAUUUUUAAUCCAAGCUCAUUAAACUCGGUUAUUUAA